AGCUCAGAGUCAGUUCAAAUCAAAAUAUUUUAACUAAAAAAACCCAAUGAUGUGUGUGUUUUUAUCCAAAAUCGUGAUUUAUUCAAUUAUAUCGCUUGGGAUGAUUUCAGGACAAGAUUAUGAGGAAGAACAAUUUGGACUGAAAUCCUUAGAAUGCUAUACAGAAUAUAAACCGGACACGCGAUGCGAAUUGUCGUUGCUAUGGCCGAUAUUAACAAUCAUCAUGCUAAUGUUCAUUGUCGCAAGUUUCUUCUUUGCAAUAAAUGCCUUAAUGAUGUGGAAGAAACUAAUGUGGAAGAAUUGGCAAGUCCAAGGGCGUAGCAAUAGAAGAGAUGAUGAAUACGAUGACGAACUUUAUAGUAUGAGUCCAAGAAAUAAAGUCGAUCGAGAAGUUAAAGUCGUUAAAGAAGUCAAUCACAAUGCCGAUCCAGAAGUCGAUCAUAAAGGCAAUCGAUAUAUUGACGCCUUACAAAAAAAGAUUCCGCAAUCUAAGACCAUCACUACAGAGGAACAAUUACUGAUUGAUACUGAAAACCUCAACAACUUGAUGAGAUGUUUAAGCAUAGCCGAUAAUUCAGUUUCUGAUGACUUGAAAACAAACAAUUCAAUUGAUGAGAUGUUGCCCAUUGAUAAUGAUAUCUAUGCUAAAGAAGAUGACGUUUCAAAUAUACAGGAACAUAUGACACAUCUCAGUGCAGAGCGUGAAGACCAAAAUAAAGAGAAAUCGACGUUUAUGCAACAAAAUCUAAUCAUCAUUAACAACAUCUUCUCUAACAUAGAUAAUACAAAGGCUCUCAAAAUUACUUCAGUCACUGACGGAUUAAUGAAUUAUAAAGACAUAAAUAAGUUGGUUGCGCUACAGAUCAAAAGUUGUGCUAAAUCCUUAACUGAAAAUAAAAAUACCUUGCAAAUAAACGAAUUAUUCGUGAAUAAAUUCUUAAUUCAGAAUCAGAUCCAGAAAUCGUAAUGAAAAUAUCUAACCAAUCAAAUUAUGGACAAUCGGUGUUUAGCCCAGAAAAAAAAUGGUCAUCGGGAGAUUCACAAGAAAGCCAUGCUCACAAGAUUCUUGA